UGGUCACGAUGGGAAAGCCAGAUUUUCUUACUCCCAAGGCUAUUGCCAACAGGAUUAAACCCAAGGGGCUUCAAAAGCUGCGCUGGUAUUGCCAGAUGUGUCAGAAGCAGUGCCGGGAUGAGAAUGGCUAUAAGUGUCAUUGUCUGUCUGAAUCUCAUCAGAGGCAACUAUUACUGGCUUCAGAAAAUCCUCAGCAGUUUAUGGAUUAUUUUUCAGAGGAAUUCCAAAACGACUUUCUACAACUUCUCAGGAGACGCUUUGGCACUAAGACAGUCCAUAACAACAUCGUGUACAAUGAAUACAUCAGACACCGAGAGCACAUCCAUAUGAACGCCACCCAGUGGGAGACUCUGACCGACUUUACCAAGUGGCUGGGCAGAGAAGGCUUGUGCAAAGUGGACGAGACACCAAAAGGGUGGUACAUUCAGUACCCCGACAGGGACCCAGAGAUAAUCCGUCGGCAGCUGGAACUGGAGAGAAAGAAGAAACAGGAUCUUGAUGAUGAAGAAAAAACUGCCAAAUUUAUUGAAGAGCAAGUGAGAAGAGGUCUGGAAGGGAAGGAACAGGAGGUCUCUGUUUUUACGGAAUUAAGCAGAGAAAAUGAUGACGAGAAAGUUACAUUCAAUUUGAAUAAGGGAGCAUGUAGUUCCUCAGGAGGAGUAUCUUCAAAGUCACGUUCUUUGGGCCCGAGUGCACUGAAGACCAUAGGGAGUGCAGCAUUGGUGAAACGGAAGGGAUCUUCCCAGAGCUCAGCUCCGUCCAAAGAAAAGAAGAAGAAAUCUGUGCUGGAUGAGAUCAUGGAGAUUAAAGAGGAGAAAAAACAAAAAACUGCCCAGACAGAUUACUGGCUGCAGCCUGAAAUUGUCGUAAAAAUUAUAACCGAAAAACUAGGUGAGAAAUAUCAUAAGAAGAAGGGUGUUGUUAAGGAAGUAAUUGACAAAUACACAGGUGUCAUAAGGAUGAUUGAUUCUGGAGACAAGCUGAAACUUGACCAGACUCACUUAGAGACAGUAAUUCCAGAACCAGGAAAAAGAAUUCUAGUUCUAAAGGGAGGCUACAGAGGGAAUGAAGGUACCCUAGAGUCCAUCAAUGAGAAGACUUUUUCAGCUACUAUAGUCAUUGAAACUGGCGCUUUAAAAGGAUACAGAGUUGAAGGAAUUCAAUAUGAAGACAUUUCUAAACUUGCCUGAGUUUGAAAAUUUGUCAAUGACACAUUAAA